AUGGAGUAUACUAAAUCCCUUGAAAUUGUAGCCCCUCUUGCUGAGACUAGCCUACAGAUGGACAUCCAGGAUGUCUCUGACUCAGAAAUGGACCUGGAAGAAAGUGGGGUUCCUAUUGAUGACCCUGAAUAUGAACCUGCGGAUGAAGGAUUCAUUAGCCUCGACUGCGGAGGCACCGAAAACUACACAGAUGAUGCUGGAAUACAAUGGAUGCCAGAUGACCCUUACAUCAAUUCUGGACAGAAAGUUAAUCUUUCAAAUACUGCUGUUGGAGGAGAAGGAUCUAGGCAAUUGACCAGCCUUAGAAGAUUUCCCGAGAAAAGGAAAAGUUGUUACCAGUUAACGCCAGUGCAGAUUGGAACAAAAUAUCUUCUCCGCGGAACAUUCUUUUAUGGGAACCAUGACAAUCUCAACUCACCUCCACAGUUUGAUCUCCUUUUGGACGCCGACUUUUGGUACAGCUUCUCAUUUAGUGAUCCAAACGAAUUAGUUGUUCAGAAAGAAAUCAUUUUCAUGGUAAAGUUCGAUCCAACUAAUGUCUGCCUUGCCCGAAAUAAUCUGAGUAUUGGAUCACCCAUCAUUUCUUCUUUGGAACUGCGACCUCUCAAUCAUAACAUGUAUUGCCCUGUCAACAGAGAUUUUUCACUAUUGAGGAUAGUGUACAGCAACUAUGGACCUCAAGGUUCUAGCGACAUCAGGUACCCGGAUGACCAAUUUGAUAGACUUUGGUAUCCAUCUUCAGUAGACUUUCCAACUAUCACAACCAGUAUGGAAGUAUCUAUGGGAGUGGCUUAUGACCAACCUCCAUCUCUUGUCAUGCAAGGAGCAGUAACAAGCAACCUCAACUCCCCCUCUGUGAUAGAUAUACCUUUGCAGCAGAGUAAGCGAUAUGGAAACCUUUAUAUUUCUGCGUAUUUCGCUGAGUUAAAAGCUGAUUUGAAUGCAACAAGUCUUCGAGAAUUUGACUUCUUUCUAGAUGAUAAAAAGCUUAAUAGUGAUCCCAUUCAGCCCAAAUAUCUGCAAUCAUCAAAUGUAUCUGUCCUCGUACCAUAUGGCAUUACUAAUAGUAUGGCAUUUCGCUUCCAAGCAACAAAUCGUUCCACUUUGCCUCCAAUAGCAAAUGCUCUUGAAUGGUAUCGUCAAAGUUCUCAAAAUCAACAAGGAACAUUCACUAAAGAUGUAGAAGUUAUAAACAUUAUUCAACAACAAAUAAACUAUUCUUAUGUCGGUGAUCCAUGCUUGCCCACGCAACAUUCCUGGGAUUGGUUAACUUGCAGUAAUGAUAUAUCACCUAGAAUUGUGAUUUUGAAUCUAGCAAGCAGAGGCUUAACUGGUAGUAUUCCGGCUAAAAUUAGCAGUCUUACAGCAUUGGAAAUUAUUGAUCUCUCUGACAACAAUUUAAACGGAGCGAUACCUGAAUCGCUGGCUAGUUUGACAAACUUAAAAGAAAGUGUAAUAUUUUAUUUUUUAUGUAAACGUCUUUUGUGGAUGAAACUUUUCAGUGAUCUGGAGAACAACGACCUCACGGGAACAGUGCCUGCAGCUUUGGAAAGUAAGAAGAACCUAAAUCUCAGUCUUUCCGGAAAUGUGCAUCUCUGUUACGAAGGUCACAAUUUUUGUAGAAGGAAAUCCACAAAAAAAGGUUUGAUUAUCGGUUUGGUUGUUGCUGGUGGUGUGAUAGCACUAUUCAUCGUUUGCUGCAUUGCCGUAGUAAUAAUUCGCAAAAAUUCCAGAAGAAGCGAAGAUGCAGAAUCCUUGGUUGCCCCAUAUUCGCAAAUUGUAAUCGAAGCAAUUUCCAGAGAAUAUAGCUACGAAGAGGUCAAAAAAAUGACUAAUGAUUUUAGUACGGAAAUUGGGCGAGGAGGAUAUGGACCUGUAUACUACGGCAAGUUAAAUAUCGGAAGGGAGGUAGCCGUCAAAAGAUCCUCAGAAACUUCUACACAAGGGACACAUGAAUUUAAAACGGAGGCUGUCUUGCUUUUGAAAGCGCACCACAAAAAUCUUGUGUCUUUACUAGGCUAUUGCUGUGAAGGAGCACAUGGAAUAUUGAUUUACGAGUUUAUGCCCAAUGGAAAUUUGCAUCAACUUCUCCAUGAAUCAUCUCCAUCAAAGCAGUGGCCUGACUGGAAAACAAGGCUUGACAUAGCCUUAAAUGCAGCUCAAGGAUUGGAGUACUUGCAUUCUGGAUGCAACCGUCGCGUAAUUCAUAGAGAUAUAAAACCAGCCAAUAUAUUAUUAAGUCAAAGAAUGGAAGCGAAAAUAGCAGAUUUUGGGAUGUCAACUAGUGAAGCAACUCACGCUUCAUCAAAAUGCGUGGGCACACGUGGCUACGUGGAUCCUGAAUAUAAUGAGACUUGGAUUUCAACAGAUAAAAGUGAUGUAUAUAGCUUCGGCAUUGUAAUUUUAGAGAUCAUAUCGGGAAGAAAGCCUAAUUUUACAAAUAGUUUGGGCCAGGUGACAAACAUUCUCUGCUGGUCAAGGCCGAUGAUUUCUGCAGGAGAUAUUGAGAGCUUGAUAGAUGAAAAAGCAGGGGGAAACAUUCACCUCGGUGCAAUGUUGAGGGUUGCGAAGUUAGCAAUGUCAUGUACAGAGAAGCAACAGAAAGAUAGGCCCACCAUGAACUUCGUUGUGAGCGAAUUGAGAGAAGCUCUUCAACUACAUCAUACAAUAGGUGGGGAAGAUGAUGGAAUAGUUGUCCAACCUAACUACAAUCCAAUUGCUGUAUAA